AUGGGGCAUUACAUCAUCAGGUCUCUCUCUCUCGCCGGCUCCUUCAUCGGCGCCCUGUGCAAUCUUGCAUUCGCACUCCGCCUCCUCACCUUCUCCCGCUCCCUCAUCCUCGAGGGCGAGAGCGAAUGGGAGGGCUCUGGCGAUGUCUGGGCCGUCGACUCCGUCCGCGUCGUAUGGGCCCUCCUCUUCGCCUACUUUGCGGCCGCAUCUACCGCAUGCUUCAUUGGAUUCGUGGGCAUCGCCAAGCACAUUCAAUUGUUCGUGCGCAUCUAUCGCGACUACUCAAUAGCGGACUUCGUGUUCGUCACCCUCACCACGCUCAGCGUCAGCUACACAACAUUCAGCACCCCUUAUGUCCGCUCCGCCGUUUGCGAGGAGCUGUCGCGCCACCCUGAGCUCAUGCGCGACAUGGGCGACAUGGGCCUCUCGCUCGAGAACUGCGAACAUUGGUUCGAGCGUGCCGUCGUCGCCCUCCUGGGCAUCAUGUUCAUCCUCAUCGUUAUCCGGCUGCACAUCGUCAUCGCGCUCUCCCAGUACUACUCGCACGUCUCGCGCGAGCUCCUCGCGCGCGCCCGUGCGCUCGGUCUCCGCGCCAUCAAGACGGAGGUGCCAAUGCAACGGAUCUACCUCGUCCCCACACCGAGCACGCCCUCCUUCGACGGCCGCUCGCACCACGAGUCAAGCUCGAGUCAAGGACCGGGACAGCAGCCGGACGUGACUGUGUACGCGACGGUACCAAUCGGAGGGAUGUCCGAAGCCGAGGCGCGCCGCAUUGCGACGGAGGCGUGGGUGGGGCCACGGCCACACCACGGGCACAGGCAUUCGCACUCGCAUUCGACGCACUCGCACACUCACCGGCAUCACCCCUCGCGGCGGAUGUCGACGGAGAAGUCGGCGGCCCAGCAAUGA